UGUACCAUGUCAAGUACAUCAAGUGUCGGUUGCUAUUAAUGUCCACCGUGUGGCGCUACUGCAUUUCCCCGGAUAGCGGAUAGGUUUGUUGACGGAAGUUCCCACAGAAGAAGAGUGGAGCAGCGAUGGUACGCGUGAAGUCGAGGUAUUUGCUGUGCGAAGUCAACGUGUCGGACCGGAGCCGCCUGUUGCUGCUGGAUGACCGAACUGUUGCGGUUGCAGUGAAGGCAGCGGUGGCCCGCACACACGGGGACUACGGAUUAGCUCUCAGCAGUGUCGGAUUCUCGGUGAAGUAUCUGAAUGCUCAUACUGGAAUAGUAUUUCUGCGUUUGCCCAAAAGGUGUUACAGACUCCUCUGGUCUGCAUUGCCUUUCAUAACUAGUGUUGAAGCUCGUGGGCAGAAGAUUCCAUGUUUUCUAAACUGUUUGCAUGUGGGAGGAACAAUUAGAACAUGUCAGAAGUUUCUGAUUCGAUAUAAUACCCAGCAGCUCCAUCGAAUGCUCCCUAAAUGUAAAAACGAAGAGGAAAAACAACAGGUUCGCCAAGCAAUUCUGAAUUGCUCCCUAACAAGAGGAAAGAAUGAAGCAUUAGAAGAUGAUUUAGGAAGUGAAGAAGAUGAAGGAGAGUGACUUCACAACGUGCAGUAAAAGGUGGCAGCUAUGUUGUUCUCCCUGGAUGUCUGGCUCUGACUAUUUUGGUUACAAGACUAAUAGGGGGGAGAUAUGAAGCAAUUGAAGAAAUGCAUACCCAGCUGCGUGGAAACAUGGUCCCCUGCCGCUGCUCAGCGGAUUUGUAACCACAGAAAGAUGACUGACCUUAUGCCUGUUUUCAACAAAGGAACACAUUACAUUGUGUUUGUUUUACUUUGUCACAUAAGUAAUUUGGGUUGGCAGGAUGACCUGAUGGUCAGCAUGAAAAUUUUUUACAGCAAGGUGAGGUUUGUUUCCAAUGCUGAUUUAGUAUCUGUUAUUUGUUUUGGAUAAGGCUCAGUGUAAAUAAAACUGCAGUCGCAUAGCAAAAUAAGACUGUGGCCUAAUUCUGAAGAAAUAGUGUUUAUUUUUUUUAUGAAUUUCUUUUGUAUUUAUACUAUGUUUUGUCGUAGCUAAUCUGUAUUUUAUUUCCAAAUUAAAGAACUACUUUGGAA